CAGCGUAGCUCAAGGAAAAAUGGCGGACGAUACCUACCGAAGGGCAGUUAUAUGCCAAAUUUCUAACGAAGAUUUUAUUUCCUUCUGUGAUUCUGAUCUUCCCUUCGUGGAAGUUAUCGUUUCUGUAGCUAAUGGGGAUUCUACAUUCAUCGAAGAGGUGGGAAAGAGGUUUGCAUUAGAGAUAAGAACAGGCCUUCAAAAUUUCACCACAGAGAAGGGUUUGGUACUGAACGCUUGUGCUUGCACUGAAGUUGAUCUAAAAAUUCCACUAUCUGAUGAAAAUUUGAAAGUUUUUGUUUUGAAAGACGUUCUUGAAACCCAUCAGCUGCAUGUAAAUGAAAUCGUUUGGUGUACAGAGGUGAAUCCUUUUCCAUUGGAAAGAAUGGUGAUUGGUAUUUUAUUCCGAGAGAGAUAUUCAUGGGUUAAGAGCGCAUUGGUAGCAUUUCUUCGUAAAUGUCUUUCGAAAGGACCUGUAACUGUGCGGGAAAAUGGUAAGCUGCGCCUUUCUCGUGAUCAAUUAAAAAGACUAAGUGGUACCGAGGAAGAACAGUGGUCUGAAUUGUCUGUACUACAAUGCGAGCCUGUGCUUCAAGGAUGCCUCACAUCAGAAACUUGUUUAGUUAUUUCCAAGCUAACCGACCAACAUGAGAUUUAUGACUCUGUAACUAGUGGAGACGACCCAUUGCCAUCUUUGGUACCAUCCAACACAAAUGAAAUGUUUCUUGUUUCUGAUUUUGCACACGACUUCUCUGGAAGUCAACUUUGCAAGGAACAACUUGCACCAUCUGGUUGCUCAACCAGGACAGUCAAUCAGUUAAAAGCUAGUGUUUUGAACUUCUGUGAAGGAAAUUAUGCCACGUCAACAUUUGAUGCAUCGAGCAGGCUUCAUGUAUCACUGUCAACUUUGAUUGAUCUACAGAUGUUCAAUGGCAGCUGGGUCAAAAUCUGCACAAACCAAAAUCAGAAUACAGUUUGUGAUCAACAGCAGGAACAGGGUUUUUCAGAAGUAGCUUCAAAUGCCUCGCACGACAAUCAUAGCAGUGACAAGUGUCAUAUUGUUCAAAUUGUGGUAACUACCUCUAGCAAUGAUGCUAAUGAGUUUUUUAAUGAUGAUGAAAUUUUCACUGCGCAUUCAAUUAGCAAAAUUGAAGAUGGAAUAGCAUACAUCUCCACUUUACUCUACUUUAACUUGUUUCAUGACAGCCCUAUUAAUGAAAACCAAAUGCCUAGUAUCUAUGUCUACCCAAUCCCAGAGGCCACACAGAGAGAAGAACACAAGAUCACUAGCACUGCAAGCAUGAGUAGAAAACCUGCAUUUGGAAAUGAAGCUCACAUUUCCUUGAUACACUCUCCCCAUUACAAAGCUACGAAUUCUUUUGAUCAUGCACUGGCAAAACAUUUCAAAACUCCAAGAAUGUUGACGGUGGGAGAUAUAUUUUAUGUGUUUCAUAUUUGGGAGGAAGAUGGUGACCUCUCUAUGGAGUCAGGUUCAGCUGAUGAUCAGGGACGUAGAAAUCUGGUUGUUUUCUUUCAAGUUACAAGGCUAGUUUUUGCAACUCAGGAAGUAAAAUCUUGUUUAGUGCACAUGGAACAUACUUCCCUUUAUCAGAGAGGCACAGUUCACAGUUAUGUGCCACCUGUUUGGAGGAGGGGACAGUUCAAUGAUUUGAGAUCAAGUUACUGGGAGCAGUUAAGUCCAGCAGGACUUAACAGUUACUCUGCUGAGCUGGUGAAUGUCAUACGUCCUUAUUUCGAUGUCAGAGACAUCCACCCCCUGCCUCCGUGUGGGGUUCUGUUGACUGGCCCUCCUGGAGCUGGAAAGAGGACAGUUGCAAGAGCAACAAGCAAAAGGUUGAACAUGCAUACUUUUGAGGUCAAUUGCUUCGAUCUGAUUGGUGAAUCAGUAGCAGCUAUAGAGGCAAGACUGAAAAAUGUGUUCCAAAGAGCUGUUUUCUGCUCACCUUGUGUCCUAUUAUUGUGCAACAUCCAUGCUUUGGGAAAAGACAAAGAAGGAAAUGAUGAGGAACCACGAAUAGCUACCAUGAUGUUCAACUGUCUCAGCAGUCUAAAGGACGACUCAGUUUGGCCAGUAGUCGUCAUAGCAACCUCAUCCUCUCCGAAUGACAUCACCGCUGACAUGUACUCAUGCUUCCUUCACGAGCUGAGAUUUGAAGCACCCAGUGAGAAGGAAAGGUGUGAUAUGCUCAGGGGACUCGCUCAGAUGCUGUCUGUAGGAAAUGACAUGUCAUUUGAACAACUGGCAAAGAGAACUGCUGGACUGGUACUGGCAGAUAUGGUUACUUUGUUUUCAAAUGCUGCAAAUACUGCCGCAAAGCGCCUCCGAGAGGAACGCCUUGGGAAAAUGAGUCGUUCAACUGAAACCACAAGCCAAACUUGCUUUCCGUGGGAAUUUGAGCAAGAGCUGAGUAAAAUGGGGACCAAAAUUUGCCAGCAAGAUUUUGAAAAUUCCUUAGAGAUGCUUCAGUCGUCCUUGUCAGAUGCGAUUGGAGCUCCUAAAAUUCCUAGUGUCAAAUGGGAAGAUGUCGGAGGGUUGGCCGAGGUGAAAGCAGAAAUCUUGGACACUGUCCAGUUACCGCUGCAGCAUCCAGAGCUGUUUGCAGCCGGGCUGAGGAGAUCAGGAGUGCUGUUGUACGGUCCGCCUGGUACUGGCAAAACAUUACUCGCCAAAGCUGUUGCUACGGAAUGUUCUCUAAACUUUCUAAGUGUGAAGGGACCAGAGCUUAUCAACAUGUAUGUGGGUCAAAGUGAACAGAAUGUCCGUGAAGUGUUUAGUCGCGCGCAAAGUGCACGGCCUUGUGUUAUCUUCUUCGAUGAGCUGGACUCAUUAGCACCCAACCGAGGAAGGAGUGGGGACUCGGGAGGAGUCAUGGAUCGAGUGGUAUCGCAGCUGCUCGCAGAGCUUGACGGGCUUCACAAAGCAUGUGACGUAUUCGUCAUUGGGGCCACAAACCGACCUGACCUCUUAGACCCAGCGCUUUUGAGACCUGGUCGAUUUGAUAAACUACUAUACCUCGGAGUGAGCGAGGACCGCGGAUCACAGCUCAACAUACUCAAGGCUCUAACGAGAAAGUUUAAUAUACACCCUGAUCUGCAAUUGGAAAACAUAGCGGAACUUUGUCCCUCCAACUUAACAGGAGCCGACUUCUACGCUCUGUGUUCAGAUGCCAUAUUGCAAUCGGUCAGGCGAAAGAUUGAAGAGCUCGAGCUAGACGCAGCUGACCCUUGUGUGGAUGAUACAGACAUACAAGUGACAGAAGCGGAUUUCCGGAAAGCUUUGGACAGUCUUGCGCCAUCCGUCUCCCAACAAGAACUCAAACGUUACAAAGAUAUUCAGAAGCAGUUCGCAGUGGCCAACAACGUUACGAAGAGUCGAUAAUUCUUGAUAAAGUGAUGAAUCACAUUAAAGGGGGAAGUUUCCUUCAUCUGCGAUCGCCGCUCUAACGUUGAUUUUCUGGAGAUCGAACCAAGGACGGAAGUACUGUACUCAGAGAAUUUAAAAACCGUCUUGUCACAACAGCCUCUUAACCUGGA